AAACCAGAAGUGCCUACUCAAUGAGCAACGUCGCCGCCGUGAGCAGGAGACCUUCUACAUUGAAGAGCUAGCAGCGCUGAUCACAGCCAACCAAGGACAAGGACUGGAUGAGAUGANAACCUCUGUGAUUUUGGAACUUGCAAGCAUUGCUCUCCCACUCUAUUUAGAGUGGUGUAUCUCACUAAACCAGAAGUGCCUACUCAAUGAGCAACGUCGCCGCCGUGAGCAGGAGACCUUCUACAUUGAAGAGCUAGCAGCGCUGAUCACAGCCAACCAAGGACAAGGACUGGAUGAGAUGAACUCACUCUCGGUGAAGCCGGACAAGUGUGCCAUACUGCAGGAGACGGUGAAACAGAUUCAAUCGAUCAGCCAGAGCCAAGCCGAUGACUUGCAGGCAUCGGAGGUGAGCUCCUCUCGGCCGAACUGCAUCCAGCCAGCGGACAUCAGUACGCUGCUCCUCGAGACGCUAAACUGCUUCAUCUUCACUCUCAACUCGGAGGGCUUCGUUGACUAUGUCAGCGAUAACGUACACAAAUUCCUCAAGUACACACCUAAUGAACUAAUCAGCAAGUCCAUCUUUGACAUUCUCCAUCCCGACGACCAUCCCAUAUUCAGCUCCCAACUGCUGUCAAUGGCAGCCGUGGGUAAUGGCCUCAACUCAAACUGGUCAUCCACCUCCUCCUCCUCCUCAAAGGCCACCAACUCCACGAGCGACGCCAGCAGCAGCAACCACACCGGCGAAAACCAGAUGAGUUCGACCGGCGGUAACAACAACGGUAACAACGGCAACAACAACGGCAACAACAACAGCAGUACCUCUUCUACGAGCACCUCCUCCUUUGGCUCCUCGGCCGGCCUGGGCUCCUCCUCACAGUUGACCUCCAGUAGUUCUGCGGCAAUUUCGCUGUUGCAGUCACCAAACAGCAGCAGCGGAAACAACAACAACAACAACCAGCAGCGUUUCGACUCGAGGUUCCUCGUCAAGCAGGAGGUGUCCAGUACGGUGGCCGAUGACGAUGACGAUGACGACGACGAGCACUUUGACGGCGACGACGACGAUGAUGAUAUCAUUCUGGAGAAAAAAGUCGAUGGAGGUGAUUUGAGCGAAGAGGACGGCGACAUUUCACUGAUUGAGUCAAAGGAGAGCCACGACCACCGCUCGAAGACUGCUGCGGGAAAGAAGGGUGGAUCCUCCUCUUCUACUGAUGGCUCCAGCAGGCGAGUCCUUGAUCUCGCGUCGAUGCUCGAGGGUACCGGCGAAGGUGGUGGUGGGGGUGAAAACCGUUCUUCGAAGCAAUCUUCGGCGGCCCUGAAGGCGAAGCGCCGGCGGCUGCGGCUGAUGAAGGAGCUCCGCCUGCCGAAGUACGAGCACAUGGUCGUCCACACGAAGAUGUACCCCAAUCCGGAGAGUCUUCGCCAGCAGCUGGAGGGCUCCGCGGGCACCACCGUCUCGGCGACGGGCGGAAAUGGCGGCGGCAAUGGCUCAGGAGGUAGUGGCAAUGCUAGCGGUGCCGGAUCAUCCACUUCUGCAUCGGGAUCUUCCGGAAACGCUGGGGCCUCCUCCUCCUCCUCGUCAAGCACCUCAGGGAGUUCUUCUUCCGGUCACCACCACCACCAGGAGAGCAACACUGCGCAGGCCGCCUCCUCCUCCUCUUCCUCCUCCUCCUCCGAUGAGAACCGCCUCCUCUGCAUCGCCAUACCGAACAGCGAGAAGGCGAGCGGCAGUGUGCAGAUUGAGACCUUUACCACCCGCCUUGACCACAAGGGCUUCGUCCUGGACCUGGACACGAGCGCCGUCUCCGCCGCCUACCGCGGCUUCCUCGACACCUCGCUGAAGAAUGAGCUCUUCCUCAAGUUUGUCCACCCGGACGCGAUGCACAAGGUGCAAGGCCACCUGAAGGAGGCCUUCAAGAGCGGGCAGGCGAUCUCGCCGGUGUACCGGUUUAAGAUUUCGAACGACAGGUACAUCAACGUGCAGACCAAGUCGCGCACCAUCUCGCAGGGCAUCGUCUUUGCAACGCAUUCCAUCAUUCGUGACGCCGACAGCGAGAUUGUGGUGGCGGCAGUUGCGGCUGCGGCUGCUACUGCUGCUACUGCCUCUUCUUCCACUUCGGCUACCGCCACCGCCACUCCUCCUCAACGAUCUUCACAGCAGGCACCACCACCGCCUACCGCCACCAUUACCACUGCAGGAAAUAGUAAUAAUAAUCCGAUGAUAAUGACCAGUGGUGGUAGUGCAUCUUCUCAAUCGGGGACGGCUGCGACGACGACGAUCAGCCUCUUCAACAGUGAUUCUUCCGAUCUGGUCAGCUUGAACAAUAACAGCAGUAGCAGCAACAGUAUCGUCAGCUCGAUGCCGCCGACGAUGAUGAUCUCCACGUCCAGUGCUGCCGCUGGACACAGUAACAUGGUCUCGCAGGCGCAGAUGGCCAUUGCCACGAAGAGCUCGGCAGCGACUGUCGCCAAUGCUGGUGCUGGUGGUGGUGGUGACAUGCAACAAAAGCGACUCAUCAUGAUGACAUCCAAUGCAAACAACCAACAGCAGCAGCAAAACUGGGGCAAUAUGGUGGCCACCACGGCCAACAACAACAGCAACAGCAACAACAGCUCAACAAUGUUCUCACUGGCGCAGCAGCAGCAGCAGCCGAUGAUGAUGAAUCAGAUGAGCAUGAGCAAUGCCUCCCUCUCGACGGUCACCUCCUUCACUGGUGGUGGUGCUCACAACAGUGGACAGCAACCGCCGAUGCUACAACAGCAACAGCAGCAGCACAAUUUACAGAUGUCAUCGGCGAGCUUGGCGACGACCAGUGCAUCAAGUCUGAAUCAGCCGCAGACGAUUUCAGUAUCCUCUGCUGCUCAGCAACAGCAGCAACAACAACAGCAGCAGCAGCAGCUGCUAAGCAACUUUGCGCCGAGCUCACCGAACAGCAACUCCAUACCCUUCGAUGACAUGGACAUGUUCAGCGGCGUCAACUGGGACAGCUUUGGCGCCGACGAGCCGACCACGACGGUCGAUCUGCCGCUUACCACCAGCCAAGGCCAAGGAUCAUCUCAAAAUGGCGGCCCGGGUGGCUUCCUCGAGCACGUCGGCGCCUCCUCUUAUGGGCCCACGGGAACUACCACCUCCACCGGGGGCUCUUCGAUGGCCACGCUGCUCACCUCCUGUUCACCCUCGCAGAACAACAGCAACAACAGUGAUGAUAAGCUGAGGAAUUUGCUAACGGGGGGCAACGGUGGUGGUGGUGGUGGUGGUCAGCAGCACCCACCUCACCCUCAGCCGGGCCUCGCCACCGCCGUUCGCCUGAACUCCCUCAACUCCAACUCCAACUCCUCCAGUGAUAUCAUCCUCCGCGAGCUGCUCGACAAUGAGGACAUUGGCGAUGGGACAGGUGGCGGCAGCAAUGUUCCCGGCGACCUGCCCAAUCUGGUCUCUCAGCAGCCCACUGCUGGCCAGCUGAGGCCAGCAGCCUCUUCAGGUCCUGGUGGCUUCAGCGGUGGUCAUCAGCAGUUGAUGGACGGAGAAUGCGGCAUCAAGCGAAAGACCUCCUUUGACCAGCAGGGUCUCUUCUCUUCGAUGGACGGCCCCAACUCUGACUCAAAGCGAAUGAUGACCUCCUUUCAGCAGCAGUCUGCCAACAACAACAAUCAACCGACGAGCUUUGGAGGUGCUGGUGGCCAAUUUUCUGGUCAGCUGACGCCAACACAACAGCAACAACAGCAACAACAGGGGCAAAACAAUGGCCAGCAGCAGGGACAGGGACAGAAUCCACCUGCCCAGCAGCUGGCCAACCAGAAUCCGAUGUUGGCGCGAAUGCUCGCCAAGACACCCAACACGCUGCCUGAGGAGCAGAAGAUGUCGAAGAUUGACUCGCUGAUCAGCGUGACGCCGGAUGUGAAGUUGCCCAGAGAUCUCGAGCAGAAGCUGCAGCCGACGCCGGCGCUUCCGGGUCACCCCGGGCAGAUGAUGCCUAAUCAACAACAGCAAAUGGGGCCGAUGCAAAUGCAGAUGCAGCUUUUGCCUCAACAACAGCAACAAAUGCAUCAGCACCAGAUGGUCAAUUUGCAGCAACAGCAUCAGUUGCAGAACCAUCAUCCACAGCAGCAGCAUCAACUUCAGUCAGGUGGUCAACAGCAGCAACAACAGCAGCACAUGACCAUUCCCUCCCCGGGACUGACUGGACCAUCAUCCGGACUGCCGCCUGGUCAGCCCGGUGCUCCGAUGAGCCUGCAGCAGCAGCAGUUUGCUACCAAGUCAUCGGCCAUUCCUCUAGGCCAACAGCUGAACGUCACACUGAGGCCAAAUCCGCAGAUUUCCGCCAUAAACUUUCAACAGCAGCAGCAGCAGCGUAAUCCACUGAACGCCAAUCAAAUGCGCCAAGUGCUGAGAGCGCAGCAGCAGCAGCAGUCGGUGCAGAACUCGACCAGCAGCAGCGACCACCAACUCCAACAGGUUCUGCAGCAGCAACAGCAGCAGCAGGGGCAGGGACAGCCCAUCCUGCAGCUGCAGUCGCCGAUGACCGUCGGUCAGCAGAUCGCCAACCAGAAGCAGCUGGCAGAGGCGAGAGUGCAGGCGGCGGCCGCCGUUCAGCAGGCCAACCAGGCGGCGGCGGUGGCGGCCGCUGCGGCAGCAGCCGCCGCCGCAGCAGCUUCAUCAGCCGCUUCAGUGCCAGUGCCAGUGGCGGCAGCAGUGCCACCGCCGGGCGCCACAGCCAACCGAACACUGGCUGGUGCAGCCAGUGCGACCACUACCACUGCUGCCAACUCUGCAGCUCUUCUCCUCGGUGGUGGUGGCUCUUCAGUCAACUCCACGUCUCUUGCCCAACUACAGCAAACUGGUGGUGGCAGUCAGCAGCAGCAGCAGGCACAACUGAUGCAUCAAGGUCAGAUCCGAACGAGGUUGUUGCAGCAGCAGCCGCCACAACUAGUCGCCGGCCAGCAAGUGCAGCAGCAGCAGGCACAACUUGGCAAGCCAGUCGUCAGCCUGCAGAGCAGUCUGCAGCAGAACGCGGCCAGUGGACAGCAGCAGCAGUCGAACGUCGUCGCAUCGUCGCUCGUCAGCAGCGUCACCAACGCUGUAAACAGUAACGGCCCUAGCCUCAUCAGCAGCAGCAGCAGCCUCGGUGGUGGUAGUAGUCUGGCCGCACAGCUGAACAGUCACGGGCCUCCUCACCAUCACCAGCUCCAUCAGCAGCAGCAGCACUUUACACUGAACGCCCUCGGCGGUGGUGGACCAUCGCCUCAUCCAUCGAUGGCGCCGACGCUUGUCCAGCAACACCAACAGCACCCGCAGCAGCAUCCGCAACAGCACCAACAUCAGCAGCAGCAGCAGCACCUUCAGUCGGCAGGAAUGAUGAGCGGCGGAAAUGGCGGUGGACCCCUCUCUGCUUCCCAGCCACCUCAUCACCACCACCCCUCUUCUCAUCCAUCUCACCCUCAUCCUCACCUCCACCAUCAGCAGCAGCAGCAGCAGCAGCAGCACUCACUGCUUUCCUCCUCCACCACCUCCUCCUCCUCGGCCAUGAACAUCGGCUCCAGCUCCUCACUGCUGGACAUGGAGGAGGACGAUGAACUGAACGACAUUCUCCAGUCGGUGAUUGACUUUGAUAUGACGCCUCUGCCGCCCCUCACCCCCUACGGUGGUGGUGGCUCGGCUGGAAGUUUAGGAGGAGGUAGUGGAGGAGGAGGUGGUCCUGGAGGAAGUGGUUCACUGGUCAGCGGCGGCGGAAAUGGAGGAAGUGGUGGUAGUGGUGGUGGUGGCGGAAACCUCGGCGGCAGCGUCGGCCUCGCCAAUCCCAGCCUGAGCAAUCUGCUGAUCAACGUUCCUAGCGCAGGAAGUCGACGCGGCAGCGGCGUGGUCGGAGGAAAUGGCCCUGCUACUUCCGGAGACCCCUCUGAGCUCAGUCUGUCGGGGCUGAGCACGCCCGACUCGGUGCAGUCCUCCUCUGACUCCUUCAGCCUCAAUCUGAAUGACAAGCAGAAGGCGAUCAGCGAAAUUCGCCAGCAGCUGAUGCUGACGGCGGAGCAGAUGAGCGGCGGUGGGAAUGGAAACGGUGGUGGUCCCAAGUCAGCAUCAUCCAACAGCGGCAGCAUGCAAUUUGGCGGCCCACUGACGCCCCAGUCGCCCAUGUUUCUGGGCAGUGUAAGCGGAAGUGGCGGAGGUGGACCACCGCCGCCGCUGGGACCGCCACCGAACUACCAAAGUUCGAUGGGAGGACCACCGCAGCAGCAGCAGCAGCAGCAGCCGCCACCGCCGAGCUAUCCGUCAAACUUUAACAAUCAGGUACCCAACCAGUCACCGUUUAACAGAGGUGGUGGUGGUGGUCCUCCUGGUGCACUGCCGCCCAAUCAGAUGCUGAUGGCCAGUCGAUCCCCUCUGGCAAGAGGUCAACUUCUUGGCGGACCGCAGAACCGUCAAAUGUCCAUGCAACAGCAACAACAGCAGCAGCACCAACUUCAACUGGUCAACAGCAUUCGCAUGCCCAAAGGAGGUCCUGGUGGUGGCGGUCUGGUGAACCUGCCGCCCGGAGCGCAGCAGCAGCUCAGUCAGCUGAAUCAACAGCUCGCCAACAGCAGUAACAGCGGCGGCAACAGCAAACUACCGCAGAGCCAACUGGCGCUGGAGCAGCAGCGACGACUGCUGCUCGACCGUCAGCAGCAGCAGAUGAUCACGCAGUCGUCGUCCUCCGCUUCUUCUUCAGUGAUCGGCAGUGGAGGCAGCAGUGUCGGAGUUGGUGGUGGUCAGGGUGGCCACAACGCACACGGCGUCGGCAACGAUGGUAAUGAUGGCAGUACUGGCAGUGCUGGCAACGGCAGCGGCAACAACAGCAGCUACGGCUUCGGCCAGACCAGUCUGAGCGACCUCAAUGGCCUACUUAACUCGAGCGCUCCGGCGCCCAAUGUGAUGGUGCAGAUGAAGCCGCGCAGUGUCCGCUUUCAACAGCAGCACGGCGGACGGAUUCGCCUGCAGACGCCCAACCAGCAACCGGGCCUGCAGCAGCAGCUUCGUCACACUGGCGGUCAGCAGCAGAUGAGCAUGCAGCGGCCUGGACAGCAGCAGCAGCAGUACCACCAGCAGCAGGACAUGCACCAGCAGCAGUUUCCGGGCGGAAAUCAGCAGCAGCAGCAGAUGAUGCAGAUGCAGAGGGCCCAGCAACAGCAGCAGCAGCAAACGCACGGCCGAAUGAUCAUCGGCCCGAAUGGCCAGCGAAUGUUCAUUCAGCAGCAGCAGCCAGGUCAGAUGGGCCUCGGGCCUCAGCAGGGGCCGAUGCAGCAGCAGCAGUCGAACAUGAACACUUUUGGCGGCAUGAACGCUGCCCAACAGCAGCAGCAGCAAAUGAAGCUGGUCGACUCGAGCGGUGGCGGAGGACAGCAGUUUGGUGGUGGUGGACACAUGUCCGCCCCAUUGCCCAGCUCCUCAAUGUUCAACAGCAGCAGCGGUGUUGGUGGUGGUAAUCAGCCGUCAUCAGCGAUCGGCAGCCAGCGAGCCUCUCCGUCGAUGAACAGCAACAGCGACAACAGUAGUCUGCUUUCUGCUUUUGAUAACACUGGCUCCAGUCAGCAGCAGCACUCGCCCUUUUCCAUGCCCGGCGACAUUACCUCCUCAUCGCCGUCCUCCUCCUCCGCAAACACGCUCAGCAGUCUUGUCGGCGGAGGUGACAGUGGUAGAGGCGGAGGUGGAGGAAACUCAAACUCCAACAACAACAACAACUCCAACAAGACAAACGCCUCUGACUUUGUGAAGCAGGAGCUGCGGACGCUC